CCGCCACCAGCCCUAGCUCACCUCUGGUCCAGGGGACAUGACGGGCAUGUCUGGCGCCGCUGCCACCCGGGAUGGAGAGGCUCCCGAGCACUCCCCGCCUUGCAGUCCGAGCUACGAUGUCACGGGCAAGGUGAUGCUUCUGGGAGACUCAGGCGUUGGCAAAACCUGUUUCCUGAUCCAAUUCAAAGACGGGGCCUUCCUGUCCGGGACCUUCAUAGCCACGGUCGGCAUAGACUUCAGGAACAAGGUGGUGACCGUGGAUGGUGUGAGGGUGAAGCUGCAGAUCUGGGAUACAGCCGGGCAGGAGCGAUUCCGCAGCGUCACCCAUGCUUAUUACCGAGAUGCCCAGGCCUUGCUCCUGCUCUACGACAUCACCAACAAGUCUUCUUUCGACAACAUCCGGGCCUGGCUCACUGAGAUUCAUGAGUAUGCCCAGAGGGAUGUAGUGAUCAUGCUGCUGGGCAACAAGGCGGAUGUGAGCAGCGAAAGGGUGAUCCGUUCGGAGGAUGGAGAGAUACUGGCCAGGGAGUACGGAGUUCCCUUCAUGGAGACCAGCGCCAAGACGGGCAUGAAUGUGGAGUUAGCCUUUCUGGCCAUUGCCAAAUCCGAGACUUUGUGGAGUCCCAGAAGAAACAGCCCAGCUGCUGCUCCUUCUUAUGAAGCCCAAGGUGCUGAAAGGAGGCUCCAGAGGCCACUGCGGAUGCAGCCUUCUCCCCCAGAUCUGGUUUAUUCUGAGCGGAUGGAAGUUGGGGGACCCAGGGCAGAGCCCCUUCCCAAGAGAGAGCUGUACUCCCACCCUUCCCCUCGUUCUUGUAGCUUCCCUGCAUCCUGGGGGAGGGACUUGCGGAGCCAAGGCUCCCUCCUCGCCUUGACAAGUGUGGUAUUCUCCAGCUCAGCACCAGAGGGCAGUGAUGCACUUCUGCAGUGGGAGGGCAGGAGGCGACCCCCCCAAGCCACCCUCACCUCAGCUGGAGAGGGGAAGCAGACCCCAGCUUUACUUCCUCCAGCUCCCAGGGAACAGACGUCCCCAGUAAGAUGGGCCCUUGUGCUGCGAGCCAGACCAAGGCUCAGGGAAGUGACCAAGCUCUAUGGGUAGGGGAGAGAGGAGUAGCACAGACUAGGUCUAUGUUUGGCGGCCUCUGGCCUUACUAGCCCCCCUGUGGGAGGUGUACCCCUUUUUCUCCAGCCUGCAGACUGAAAACAUUUGGCUCCUGUUCUCUGGACCUCAGGUCCCAGGGGAACCCUCCCCCCCCUCCCCCACCCCCAAAUCCCUGGUCUUCUCUACCUUUUUGCUUGUGCCCCUAGACAACGUCAUGGCCAAGGAAAGGUUUUUUCUUCUGUCCCAACACUUUGGCAGAUAUGCAGCCCCACAGGCUACUUCAAGCAGCUACAGUGCUUCUGCUGAGUUAAGAAUCAGAUAAGGAGGAACCUUCGACUCCUGGAGCAGGUGGGAGGCAGAACUAAGCAAACCUCACCCCACACAUAUUCCCCCAAACCCAAGCACUGCCUCUUCCUGACCACCCAUGCCUUUUCCCUUUAGACAGACACCACCCCGGCCAAAACUGCUCUAUGUCCCCUCCCACUGAGCCAGGUUAGAGAGUGAGAGGUCACCCAUUUCUGGGUAAACCAACACAGUGUGUGUAAAACAAAGUCAUGAGGGUAAGACUGGGGUAAGGAGAAAGGCAGCAAGGAGUUUAUGUGAGGCCAAGGUCACCUGUCUCACAAAACCCUGACUCUGGAAAUUGGAGGUGAACAGGAGACGUGUGUGUCAUGACCUAGAGGAGAGUAAGAAGUACACACAGCACAUUUCUAAGGCUACUGCAUUUGCUUUCAAGGCAGAAAUCUUGCUCUCUGAGCAGAGUCAGCAGCUCCAACUUGGGACUGAUAAGGAAGCUCUCUGAGGCUUCUCCCAGGAGGAGCAGGGAGGCCUGACCUUGCUGGGCUCUUCUGGGGCCCAAGGCAGGUCGCAGGCAAUCCAGUCACAUGGGCUGCUCUGGGCCUCUAGCAUUUGUGUUUUCAGAAUUAAACUGCAGAAUUGGGAAAGUA